CACCACCACACAUUUACCUACCCUGCAUACACGUCACACUUCACAUUGCUCAAACCAACCACAGUCUCGUAGUAUGAGCACGAAGCAGGCGGGAUGAUUUGAUUCAAAUGACAGCCGGAGCAACACUAUUUGCAGGAUGAUGUCCUCCACUAAUGACGGGGACCCGUUCCUCCAGGUCCAACAAGAUGUUCUUACACAGCUGGGCUCAGCCCGGCCUUUGUUCGCCUCCUACCUACGGAUCCGAUCCCUGACCACGGCAGCAACAUCACCCGAGCUGUCUUCGGCGCGGUCCGACCUCGAAUCCGCCCUAUCAAGUCUGGCAGAGGAUCUAGCCGACUUGGUCGAAUCAGUCAAGGCCGUAGAGGCCAACCCAGCAGCUUUCGGCCUCAAUGCCGCCGAGGUUACCCGCCGGAAGCGGCUGGUGCAGGAGGUCGGGGGUGAGAUUGAAGACAUGCGAGAGGAGCUAGCCAAGGCCACGGCGGCCGCCGCUGCGUCAGGGACGGGCAAGCGUUCCGCAGCCGGGGGUGCCAAGAGCAGCGCGGGCGGCCUGCCAAACCCUGACGAUUUUGCCAUCCCCGACGGGGACGGCACUGACAACUACGCCGAGUUCGAACAGAGGCAGCAGUUGACCAUGAUGCGCGAGCAGGAGGAGGACCUGGAUGAAGUGUUCCAGACAGUUGGAAAUUUGCGCCGGCAGGCGGACGACAUGGGACGCGAACUCGAGGAGCAGAGAGAGAUGCUCGAGGUGGCUGAUGGUCUUGCGGACCGGGUCGGCGACAGGCUUCAGACUGGUAUGCAGAAGAUGCAGUACAUCAUCCGGCGCAACGAGGAUCGAUGGAGCAGCUUCUGCAUAGGAGUUCUCAUAUUUGUACUAAUUUUGUUAUUGAUCUUGUUGCUCGUGUUAUGAUGGGACAUCUGGUUUUAAUGUUAGUGGGACUCUUUAUUCCCUGGGUUGGUUUAUGUUAUUUUGCAGCCUUGGAGGUGAAAUUUUGAUGGGUAAAACAGGCCUAGUUUAGCGGUUACUCUUUGCCAAUGGAUAGCUAAUUUGGAAGAAAUAUCGGACCUUGUUUACAAAUACAACGCAUUCUCU